AUGGGAAAUUGUAUUUAUAAGAUCUAAAUUGACCAAAAAGGUAUUAUUUUAUUCAACCUCAUAAAGCUUAGACCCAUGAUUAAAUUGAAUAAAAAAUUGUUGAUGAGGUUAUCAAGGAUGAAGUUAUAUAAACUCCUCCUUUAAUUGAACCCAAACAAAUAUUUACCUAAAAUUAUGAGGUUGUUGUGUAAGAGAAUUCUGAUAGUCAAACUCCUAACAUAUUUAGUUCUUAAACAUCGAACCCAAAGAUAAAAUAUCAGUAGGAUUUAUAACUUUCUCCAGUUAUUUUGGUGAGAAAUUAGAAAGAAGGUGAAAUGUUUUCACUACAUUACGAGAUCAUUAGAAAACUAGGACAAGGCGGAUUUGGGUCAGUUUAUUAAGUAAAGCAUUUAAAAACAAAUUUGAUUCGAGCUGCAAAAGUAAUUUAGAAAUAGGCUGUUGAUGAUGAGUAGUUGUUAAUAUCUGAAAGCCAGAUUUUAAAGGACUUGGAUCAUCCUAACAUAGUUAAAAUACUUGAAAUAUUUAGUGAUGCUUAAAAUAUUUAUAUUAUAACUGAAUGUUUAUGUGGAGGCGAAUUGCUUGAGAGAGUCAGAACAAUUACAAACUAUAAUGAAGAUAUUGCAAAAUAAUAUAUGAAACAAAUAUUAUCUGCAAUGGUCUAUUGUCAUAAUCGAAAAAUUGUACAUAGAGAUUUGAAAGUAUUAAUUAAUUUAAUUGCAGCCUGAAAACAUUUUAUUUGAUGACAAGGAUAUUAAUUCUAAUUUAAAAAUAAUAGAUUUUGGUGCAAGCGAGAAGAUGAUAUCCUAAAAACUAACAACAAAAAUUGGCACGCCCUAUUUUCUGGCCCCUGAAAUUUUAGGAUCAAAUGGGUAUGAUGAAAAAGUUGAUGUCUGGUCAUGUGGAGUAAUACUUUAUAUAUUAUUGAUUGGGAAGGCACCAUUUAGAGGGAAAAAUUAAUUAGAAACCUUUCAAUUAGCAUAGAAAGCGCAUUUGAAUUUCAGUGGUACUUUACUUAAGUAUUUAAAGGCUAACGCUGGAAUAAUAUAAGUCCAGAAGGCAUCGACUUAAUUAAACACAUGAUUUAAAAGGAUCCUCAAAAAAGGAUUUCUAUGAAGGAUGCACUGAAUCAUAAAUGGAUUUAGAAUUAAUCAAAAUAAAGCAUUUAAUUUGAUCAAGAGUUCUUUAAAGAAAUUACAAAAUUUAAAGGAUAUAAUAAUCUAAGAGUAGCCAUUAAUUAGUUUGUUACUGUUUAAAUAUCGAAAAAGGAAGAAAAAUACAAAUUCCUAUAAAUAUUCAAAUCCUUAGAUAAAAAUGGAGAUGGAUUAUUAAGUUAGUAAGAAAUACUUUCAGGUAUGAUGAAGGUGAAAAUGGAUAAAAUUGAAUCCAAACUUAUGGUUAAGGAAAUUAUGGAGAAAAUUGAUACUGAUAAUUCUGGGAGAGUUGAUUUCACAGAGUUUCUCACUGCCUCAAUUAUUCAAGAACAGAAGUUCUUAAAAGAGAGUCUAAAGAGUGCUUUUCGAUUAUUUGAUCUUGAUGGAAAUGGAACUAUUUCGAGGGUUGAACUUGAGGAAAUCUUUGGAGGCAUUCAGAUUGAUAAUUCCGCUUGGUAAGAUAUAUUAGCUGCAUGUGACAACAACAAGGAUGGUCUAAUAGAGGAGGAUGAAUUUAUUGCUCUACUUGCUAAUUUAGAAUGA